AUCGCCAGCGACACAAGUCCCCAUCUACUUUGGUCGGACUGUGAAACAACACCAUUGCAUUUCUGCAGCAGUUUUCUCGAACUCGUAUCGCUGAAGAGCAACUAAAAAGAUGUCGUCCCAAAUCCCAAUUGCUGUAUGAUGCCAUUGUGCAACACACCAACCUCAUGGAUCAUCCUAACUAAGUUGCGCCUACAGGUUCGUGACCGCGUGAGCGCCCGAGCAAAGGAGACAUUGGACAUUGUUGCCAAGUUUGUGGAAGAAGAUUGCAUCCCCGCCGAUACCGUCUUCGAAGCCCAGAUAGGGGUCGGGGAUGCGAGAUGGCAGGCAUAUCCUCGGAUCCUUGACGACCUCAAGAAGAAAGCCCGCUCCCUGGGCCUGUGGAAUAUGUUCCUCCCCAAGGGUCACUACAAGGAGUCGCCGGGCUUCACCAAUCUUGAGUAUGGUCUGAUGGCCGAGUGGCUCGGCAAGUCGAGAGUCGCGUCCGAGGCCGUCAACUGCGCUGCUCCGGACACGGGCAACAUGGAGGUGCUGGCCAAGUAUGGCAACGAGGCUCAAAAGGCUCAGUGGCUCAAGCCGCUCAUGGAGGGCGAGAUCCGGUCAGCCUUCCUGAUGACGGAGCCGCAAGUGGCAUCGUCUGAUGCAAGGAAUAUCGAGAUGAAGAUUGAGAGAGACGGCGACUAUUACGUUUUGAACGGUCAGAAAUGGUGGUCGAGCGGUGCUGGCGACCCGCGCUGCAAGAUUUACAUCGUCAUGGGUAAGACCGAUCCCAAGAACAAGGACCCCUAUCGGCAGCAGUCCGUUAUUCUGGUGCCCGCAGGAACCAAGGGCAUCACGAUCCAUCGCAUGCUUUCCGUCUACGGCUACGACGACGCUCCUCAUGGACACGGCCACAUCACCUUCCACAACGUCCGUGUUCCAGCGAGCAACUUGGUGCUCGGGGAGGGCCGCGGUUUCGAGAUCAUCCAGGGCCGCCUGGGCCCUGGUCGCAUCCACCAUGCCAUGCGGACGAUUGGCGCAGCCGAGAGGGCUCUGGAAUGGAUGCUCAUGCGCAUCAACGACCCCAAGAAGACGCCAUUCGGCAAGCAGCUGCGGGAGCACGGUGUUAUUCUGGAAUGGGUAGCCAAGUCACGGAUCGAGAUCGAUGCUGCCCGCCUCAUCGUGCUCAAUGCCGCAAUCAAGAUGGACGAGCAAGGGCCUAAGGCCGCGUUGACAGAAAUUGCCCAGGCCAAGGUUCUUGUUCCCCAGACAGCGCUGACGGUCAUUGACCGUGCAGUCCAGUCCUUUGGCGGCGCUGGCGUCAGCCAAGAUACCCCCUUGGCCGGUAUGUGGGCUCAGAUCAGGACCCUGAGGUUGGCGGAUGGGCCAGAUGAGGUCCAUCUGCAGCAGAUGGGGAGGAACGAGAAUCGGCGUGGCAAGGCGGUUGCGGCGAAGAUCAACGCGCAAAAGACGAAGGCGGAGGAGCUCAUGAAGCAACAUGGCGCGAGGUUGACGGAACUCGGGUCCAAUAUCCAGACCAAGCUCUGAGUUGGUUGGAGAUACGCAACGA